UUAAUAAUCAUUUUAAUGAGGAAAACAAAAAUUUGAACAUCAUGGAAACCGAAAUGUCCGCCUUUAUAAACCCAAACCAGGAUGCAGAAGUCAAUCAAAUGAAAGACAUUAAAGUGCAUCCAUUGAAGAAUUGCAAAAAGGAAAUGAUGCUCAAACAGGAGCAUAUUGACCAGGAGCAUUCUGUGAUCGAGCAAGUGCAACAAAGAGGCAUAUUAAUAGAGAAGGGCAUCAAGGAGCUAGUUGAAGAUUGCGAGCCGAAAAGACCAACUCAGCAAACUGUGAAAGAAACGAGAUAUGAAUUCGAGGAACAAUUAAAUUUAGAUGCCAAGUAUACCCCAACAAGGGGUGUACGAAUAGAGGCAGAACAAAAAGUGGAUGAAGACUUUCUUGAGUCCGCCGAGAAUUUAAUGGACAAACUGAGAGAGGAAUACGCUAUGCAAUUUAAUUCCGAUAUCCAGCCAACUAAAGCCAACGUUAAAGAAGUUCACAAGGAAGAGGAUCUAAUCGAGUCCCGAAAUUAUGCUGAUGGAAUAACCCAAGAGAAAAUACAUUCCUCAAUGGAUAUGGCAACAAUUAUCGAUGAUAUAAAUCACUUUUCGGAACGUUUAGAGAUUAAUUGCGAUAAUAUCGAUUUAGACUUGAUGGCACCAUUAAAUGAUCUCGCCGUACAAUCAAAGGCACUCAGCAAUCAUAUUGAGUGUAUAGAUAAUAAAAUCAGUAUAUUGAAUCUGAGAGUGGAGAUUUUUUACAAAAAGUACAAUCGAACACUGCUGAACAGGGAGAAGGCUGCCAGGGACAUGAUGAGUCUGCAGGUGUUGCGCGAAACGAUUGGACGGAAACUCACCCAAAUUGAAAUGGAGAUUCACUCAUCCAAAACACGACUACUACUCCAGAGAGAGUAGUCCAUGUACGUCCAUGGAAAUGAGGCUAAUUUGUGAAAUUAUGGGUUGCUUCACACAAUCUUAAUGCCAGCCAGUUAGAGUUUAUUCGUGGAAAUCAACGGAUCGCCCUGCUCGGCCAAUUUCAAUUAUGUGCCCCAUUCCAAAUGGAGCAAUUACUCUGAUAAUGGUCAGCUUGUUAUAGCACUUUGCAUACGUCUGUAAUUAUUUCGAUUUGUAAAGUCAUUAAAGGUGUGGCCAUCCCCAUUCCGAUGUAUGUCGCUGCGACAACUUCAACCAAUAAAUUUUCAAGUGUCUCCAUUAUGUGUGGUAAUUGUUUGUCGGGAAGCAAGUCAAAGUGCUCUUGGCGAAACAGAUCAAUGGGGCGGGGAAUACCCUAAACUGAGCUCUUGACUUAAUAGAAGGCUUGCGGUUCUCAGUUUCUUCCACGUAAUAAUAACUUUUAGUUAACAAA